CCAGGGCCAUGGGGUUGCACGGAGAUGCUCGGGCUCUCCCCUCGCUGCAGAGUAAUUGCAGUCUGCCGAGAGGGAGUUAAAUGGGAUUAAAAGAUCUGUGUAAGCAAAAGGACCCAGAAGAGAAGGAGGAAGGAGUGAGCCGUCCGGGCCAGGGGUGUCUGUGACACAGCUGAACCCCUUAGCGAGGCAGAGAGCCGAGCUCCUGGGAAGGAUGUACCCACAAACCGCCUUAUCCCCCGAUUUCUGAUGGAUUGCCGCAAAAAUUGCCCGAAAGAGACAAUGCACUAAACGUGAUGGAGCCGGAAUCAGAGCCGGUCUCCAGACUCAGAGCUACAGCGGCAGGCAGGGGGGGAUUCUGCUUUCUCUGGACUGUAUUGUGUUGUACCUGGUUCCUGGGAUUAACACAGGGAAAUUCUGAAGAUGUGGAUGUUCUUCAAAGGCUGGGCCUGUCAGGGAAAAGGCCAUCGAGUGGCUGGUCCUCCUCACGUGCAGUUCCUCAAGGAGUCAUUCCUUUCAAAUCAGGAGUCAUCUUCACGCAGCGAGCCCGAGUGGAGGCACCGCUCAGCGCCCUGCUCCCCGCAGGCUCCAGCUCUGACCUGCUCCUGGUGCUGAGCCUCUGCUCCCACCGCAUCAACAACGCUUUUCUCUUUGCUGUCAGGAGCAAAAAGAAAAAACUGCAGCUGGGCGUCCAGUUUGUGCCCGGCAAGAUCAUCGUGUACGUGGGCCACAAGCGCUCUGUAUAUUUUGAUUACAAUGUCCACGAUGGCCAGUGGCACAAUAUGGCCAUCAACAUUCGUGGCCAGACAGUCACUUUAUUUACUUCUUGUGGGAAGCGCAGAGUACAUGCGGAUUUGCAUUUUAAAAAGGACGAGGCAUUGGACCCUCACGGAUCUUUCCUCUUUGGGAAGAUAAGCCAGCACUCCGUGCAGUUUGAAGGAGCCAUCUGCCAGUUUGAUAUUUAUCCUUCCGCCAAGGCAGCUCAUCAUUACUGUAAAUACCUGAAAAAACAGUGCAGGCAAGCAGAUACCUACCGGCCAAACUUGCCCCCGCUCAUCCCCAUCCUGCCCAGGGAUCCCAGUGCCUCCCCCAGCACCCCGCAGCCCACGGAGCCCUCACUGUGGGGGCUGAAAAACCUGACCACUGCUGCCCCAACCGUGGAGUUUGGCAGGGUCACUGUGCCCCUCAAGACCAGGGGUUCAGGUGCAACAACCCUCACGUUGCUGUCAACCCCUCCAUCGCGGCCGAGACCGACCCCCAAAGCCACCAAGGUCACGGUGGCCCCGACUGCUGUGUCAAGUACCAAGUCACAGGUACUCACCCCGUCCCCUCGGGGCACGGGGACAGCCCUCAGGGUGUCUCAGCCCACUCCCAGCACACGCAGGGACAAAUCUCCCCUUCCCACCACCAAAAGGGCCCCACCAACAAGCCCGAGCCCGGUCACGGCCAGCAGGAAGGAGCCCAAGCAAGAGACCAAAAAGAAGAGCAACCAAAAACCAACAGCUGAGCCGCCUGAAGCGCCCAGCACUGUCCAGCCAGCAAGGAGGAUGAUGGAUAACACAACCAGCAGUGUCCACCUGGUCACCCUGAGGCAGAGCCCGCCGGCCCCCAGCCGCGGGCCCGGCCCAAAGAAGCCGUCCCCCAGCAGGAGAGCGGAUCCCAGCGCCAUCCCUCCGCUGGACACCAGGCCCGGCUCCAGAGCCAGGCCCCAUCACAACCUCACAACCGCUGCCACCCAGGCCUAUCUGCUCUUUGAGCCCUUGGGACCCACUCUGUUUCCCUUUCUGCUGGGAUAUCCCGGAGUGAAAGGAGAGAGGGGACCUCAGGGCCCACCAGGUCUGCCAGGCUUACCAGGACCCCCUGGCAAGAGAGGCUCUCGAGGUCCCCCAGGCCCCCAUGGGAACCCUGGCUCACCUGGCCCCCCAGGACUGAAAGGUCAGAAAGGAGAUCCUGGGCUGUCACCUGGAAAAGCUCGCAGUGGGCAGAAGGGAGACGUGGGCUUACCUGGUUUAACUGGGCUCCCUGGACCACCUGGUAGAAAGGGAUAUAAAGGCUACCCUGGACCACCAGGUCACCCUGGAGACCAGGGUGAACGAGGACCAGCUGGAAGUCCAGGUGCCAAAGGUUAUCCUGGCAGGCAGGGUUUACCUGGCCCCAUAGGGGAAUCUGGCCCAAAAGGCACUCGGGGGUAUAUUGGUCUCCCAGGAUUAUUUGGGCUACCAGGGGCUGAUGGAGAACGAGGGAUCCCUGGAGUUCCUGGGAAGAGGGGCAAGAUGGGUAGGCCGGGUUUUCCUGGUAAUUUUGGAGAGCGGGGACCUCCAGGCAUCGAUGGCAACCCUGGAGAAUUGGGAGCCCCAGGUCCUCCUGGAGUCCUUGGACUCAUUGGUGACAUGGGCCCUGUUGGACCGAUUGGCUAUCCAGGACCAAAAGGAUUAAAGGGGCUGAUGGGAAACCCUGGAGAGCAUGGACUGAAAGGUGAUAAGGGUGAUCAGGGAAGAGCAGGUGUUCCAGGAGAUAUUGGCUUCCAAGGAGACAAGGGCAGCCAGGGCUUGCCUGGGGUCCCUGGGGCACGAGGGAAGGCAGGACCCCUGGGCAAAGUCGGUGACAAAGGACCAGUUGGGUUUCCAGGACCACCUGGCCCUGAGGGCUUCCCAGGUGACAUUGGCCCACCAGGAGAAAAUGGUCCUGAAGGUCUGAAGGGAAAGCCAGGAGCACGAGGUUUACCUGGACCAAGAGGACUGCCUGGACAAGAGGGAGAUGAAGGACCCUUAGGACCACCAGGAGUGCCUGGUCCAGAGGGUCGAUCUGGUCGAAAGGGAUUUCCAGGAACACCUGGUCCCAAUGGUCCAAAGGGUGAGCCAGGAAACCGUGGCCGACCAGGCAAAGUUGGUGAGCAGGGUCUAAUGGGUUUCAUUGGUCCGGUGGGGGAGCCUGGAAUAGCAGGAGAAAAGGGUGACCGUGGCCCAGUGGGACCCCCAGGCCCUCCAGGAGUCAAGGGGUCGAUGGGGCACCCUGGGAUGCCAGGAGCAGUGGGUUUUCCUGGGAUCCCUGGACCAACAGGUCCAGCAGGAGCCCGUGGUGCACCAGGGGUCCGAGGGAUGAAAGGCCGCAGGGGUGCCAGAGGCCCUGAUGGACCCGUAGGCGAGCCAGGGUCGCGCGGUGUCAAGGGCCGGGCAGGGCAGCCGGGCAGGGCGGGCCCAGAUGGGCUGCAGGGCAAGAUGGGGGACACUGGGGAGACUGGAGCACGCGGCUUCCCAGGUAUCCAAGGACCUUCUGGACCUCCAGGAGCAAAAGGGGCUCCAGGCGACCCGGGUCCCCAAGGACCACAGGGGCCACCCGGACCUUUGGGAGAAAUGGGGCAAAAGGGACCGCCAGGCUCAAUGGGACAACCUGGUCUUGCAGGUGAACCUGGCAUGAAGGGUGAUCCUGGCCAGCUAGGAAUCCCUGGAGAGCAAGGUCUCGUUGGCCAAAGAGGAGAACCCGGGCUGGAAGGGGACAGCGGGCAGCUCGGGCCAGAUGGGAUCAAGGGAGACAAAGGAGAGCAAGGCCCAGAAGGAGAGAAAGGAGAGAAAGGCAGUGAAGGACUGAAGGGAAAGGAAGGAGCUCCUGGAUAUCCCGGCAUCCCAGGUGUCCGAGGACCAGAAGGGAAACCAGGAAAACAGGGGGAAAAAGGCAAGCCUGGCCAGAAGGGCAGCAAAGGCUACCAGGGGCAGCUCGGCGAGAUGGGAUCCCCAGGGAGGCAGGGGCCGAAGGGGAACCAGGGCCCCAAAGGAUCCCGAGGUACCCUGGGACCGAUGGGAGCUCCAGGAAGGAUGGGGGCUCAAGGGGACCCAGGCCUAAAGGGUUACCAGGGACAUGCAGGACCACCAGGGCCCAUCGGACCACCAGGGCCAAAGGGGGAAAAGGGACAACAAGGUGAUGACGGGAAGGUAGAAGGCCCACAGGGACCACCUGGAGACAGAGGCCCUGUUGGUGACAGAGGUGACCGAGGGGAGCCUGGAGACACUGGUUAUCCUGGGCAGGAAGGGCUUGAUGGAGAAAGAGGAAAACCUGGGCAGCAAGGCUUACCGGGGGAUCCUGGAUCACCAGGCAAGCCAGGAGCAAAGGGAUCCAAAGGUGAUGUGGGUCAAAAAGGAAAGCAAGGAGCACAGGGCAGUGCAGGGAGCAGAGGCACACCGGGCAUCCUUGGGCUACCAGGUCCUCGAGGAGUGGUGGGAAGGCAGGGUCAGGAGGGUGCCCCUGGAGUGGAUGGAGUGCCUGGGAAGGACGGCGUGCCUGGGAUUCUGGGAGAGCAGGGUGACGAUGGGGAAGAAGGUGUGACAGGGAUGUCAGGCAAGAGAGGAAACCCCGGCGUGCCAGGACUCCCAGGGGCCCAGGGACCACCAGGAUUCAAGGGUGAAAGAGGAUUGCCUGGACAGACUGGCCAAACAGGGAAGCGAGGAUCACCGGGAGGAACAGGCAUUCCAGGGAGCCCUGGUGACCCAGGAGCCAAAGGACAGCCGGGCGAUUUCGGCGAGUCAGGAUUUCCAGGCAUUGCAGGACUCUUUGGGCCAAAGGGCCCCCCAGGAGACAUUGGGUUCAAAGGCAUUCAGGGACCCCGUGGGCCACCAGGUCUCAUGGGAAAAGAAGGAAUUAUUGGUCCACUUGGCAUUCAGGGUCCCACAGGAAGCCCUGGGCCCAAGGGAGACAAAGGCAGCCGUGGGGAGAUGGGUCUUCAAGGUCCAAGGGGUCCUCCAGGCCCACGAGGACACCCUGGCCCUCCGGGACCUCCAGGAGUUGCAGCCUCAUUUCAGCAAGAUGGCUUUGGGACAGCUUUCCAGACACUGAUCGACUCCAACGCCGCGCUCAAGAGAGAGGGUUACCAACAUCCAGACCUUCUCAUGCUGGACCACGGAGGGGAGAUCUUCAAGACUCUACACUACCUCAGCAACCUCAUUCAGAGCAUCAAGAGACCCCUGGGAACCAAGGAGAACCCUGCACGGAUCUGCCGGGACCUGAUGAACUGUGAACAGAAGAUGACCGAUGGUACCUACUGGAUUGACCCAAACCUUGGCUGUUCCUCUGACACCAUCCAGGUCAUCUGUAACUUCACCAACGGUGGCCAGACGUGUCUCAGCCCUGUCACUGUCUCCAAGCUGGAUUUUGCCAUCGGGAGGGUCCAGAUGAACUUCCUGCGCCUGCUGAGCUCGGAGGUGGUGCAGCACAUCACCAUCCACUGCCUCAACACCUCUGUGUGGAGGGAGGGCUCCUCGGAGCAGCCCUCGGAGAGAGCCGUGCGCUUCAGGGCCUGGAACGGGCAGGUGUUCGAGGCCAGGGGGCAGCUCCGGCCAGAAGUGGCAGCUGAUGAUUGCAAGAUCAAGGAUGGACACUGGCACCGGACCCUGUUUUCCUUUCGGACACAGGACCCCCAGCAGCUGCCCAUUGUCAGCAUCCACAACCUGCCCCCCUCCGAGCCAGGACAGCACUAUCACCUCGAGGUCGGCCCUGUCUGCUUCCUCUGAACCAAGCCAUGGGCUCUGAGGCUCCAAUCCCACAGCUGGCCUGGCCUUACAGGGGCUCUCCCCUCUCUGCAGCAAGGACAGCUGUGCUGUAGCUUUUGGGUCAGCUCCUGCUCCAGCCUGCGGCUCAAGGUCUCCAAGAACCCAGGAUCUACUGAACUCAGCCAGUUGUUGAAAGGAGGAAGAAGAAGGACGUGGGGGAAGCAGGCAUCAGUGAGGACCUGAGCAGUGGAAAGGGAUCAGGGGACUGGAUGUUGUGGUUCCACACACAAAGCUUUUUCCAUGACCAAAGAAAACAUUGAGAGAAACCUCAAGCGACGUGCAGCGUGUGGGUUUUUUUCUUCUUUCCUCCCCCCCAUCCACCCACCCACCCAUUUUUGUCUGGUUCCUGAGUUACCAAAUGUUCUUUCCAUUGAAAAAAAAAAAUUUAAAAAAUAGAGCUUCCCUCUCAGAGCUUGUCACCUUCUGGACAGCCACGUGCUGCGUCAGGUCUCCCAGGCGGAGCUGCAAGUUGAAUCUGGCUGCUCUGUGUACAGGAAGCAUUUUGAUGUGCAAUAUUAGAAGAAACAAAAUAUAUAUAUUAUAUUAUUUAAAGCAAAAAGAAAAAGGAAAAAAAAAAAAGAAAGAAAAAAAAGUCAAGUUCCUCCUUCUAUGAGUUUAAUCAACACCCCCUCCCAACAUGUGGUGUUGGAGUAGGGGAGAGUCAUGAAGAAAAGAAGGGGGAAUGGAAAGAGGAGAGGGAAGAGAUUGGUGCUAAAAUAGAGAGAGGGAAUGGGCUCAUCUGAUUUGUUUCUACCUCUCACUGUGAAAUCUCUGGUGCUCUUAAAAAAGUGUGUUAUUUUAUAUAUAUGACUUUAUUUAAGGUUGUGAAGGUGCUACGAUGUCUUGCCACAGACCCCAAAAAAAAAAAAAAAGCCCCA